AUGGGCCGUUGCUACGAUGCCUACGAUGAUUCCUGCAAAGGCGGGAUCGCAGCCUUGAUGGCAUAUGCCAGGAACAAUACCGUGGAUUCGGAUAUUGGGAGGUUGGUUUUGCCUCGUAUUGACAUCGAGUCUUCCUUUGUGCAGAUGCACCCCCUUGACUGGUCCGUCAACCGUCUUGUCUUGAAGGAUUACUUCAACUUUGAUGUCUUUUGGGGGGUGAGGUCUUUCACAACCCAGCAGCUCUAUUCAAAAGAGAGAGAUAUGUCCGAUCUUCAAAGCAUUGAUUUCCCCCUCCUCACUAGCACCAUUGAUAUCCCUAUCAGCAACGUGUGGAGGCAAUUUAUCAACGACAUCCACUUCCAUGAGGCAACAGGUUUGGCCAUCAUGAAGGUUGUCCGUUCUCGUAAUGACGACGAGGAGGAGGGUAUCAUCAACAAACUAGAGAAAGCCAUUGAAUCCUGCAAGAGUUUGCUCACAGGAAUUCAUCAGAUUAAUUGGCAGGCAGGCUGCUUUCCACAAGAAGAGCCCACUCCGUAUUGGUCCUACAUGCAAUCGAGUACCCUUUGGAAAAAUUUAAGUCAGUCAUCCUCACAGCAGCAGCAACGUCCCGAACAUCCCUGUUGGAUUCCGGUGAUCAUUACCGGGCAAGGUUUCGAUCCUCCAAUGAUGGAUACUUUUGUGGAAGCUCUUGCUACCUAUGAAAAGCUUCCACCAGCUGUCAUUUACGUACCACGUGGGAAGUUCGAGAGAUUCGCCACUCCAGGGAAGGUGCACAACACUUGGGUUUACUGGAACGAUAACUAUGGAGCCGAAGAGUUCGAUCAGCUCCGACUUCAUUUACGACACGACCCAUCACUGACCCACACACACAACGAAGUCACAGAACUCACCGUUACUCAAGACAACACACGAAAGAUUGAUGAGCAAGUCAAAGACGAGCAGUUUGUCCGUGAUAUUGAAUUCUUGAAGGACCUCAUGGUGGAAGCAGAAAACAACGACCCUCUUCUCGGAAACACAUCAGAAAUGCUGUACACUCGAGAGGGAAAAUUUCGAAGAUGCUUUGGUGGUGAGUGUCCUUUGGGAAACCUUUUCACUGAUGCCAUGCGUUGGCGAGCACAAGCUGAUGUUGCAGUGAUCAACAGUGGUGGUGUCCGUGGCAGCGGCUGGCCUGCCGGAGAAGUGAGGACUUCAAACAUUUGGGAUAGCUUUUUCUUCGCCAACACCUUAUGCGAGAUUUUAAUGUCUGGCCUAUCCCUCUUCCGACUGUUCAAUUACAGCACCAGUUUGGCCUCAUUUGAACCAUGGAAUUUUGCUGAUGGAGAUCGCCUCCUCCAGGUUUCCGGUGCUCGGAUCACGUACAACACAGAGCUCAACACAUCCCGCUUGAUAUCUAUGGAAAUUUGGAACAAGGAAUCGCAAGAGUACGAGCCAGUGGAUCGUUUGAAGAUUUACAAGGUGGCAUCUACUAGCUGGGAAUGUGAUGGUUUCGCUCCAGUUCCAGACUACCUCACGACGGCGCUGGUAAUGAAGGGGGAGCGACCAGCUGAAAUAAUGGAUGAACUGAUCCAGAACGUGGUGGGAUCAUACUUGAAGUCAUUGAAUGGAACUGUGUAUGACACGAGCAAUCAAGGGCGUCUCAUUAACGACACCGAUUCACUGGAGGCCAUGGAUUGGAUCCAAACCGAAGCAUCAUGUCCAUUUCGAACUUAUUGGUCUGAGGAAUACCUCACCUGCUUUGAUUGCCCGGAUGUCUCUCAGGUUCAAUUUGCGGAAGAGACGCUCGAUGGUGAAGGGGUAAGUGGACAGGACAAUGCUUAUCCUCACCAAGCCACUGUUGUGAAUGGUGAGAACUUCACAAUUACGCUGCUCCCAAAGCAAAUCCCAAGCUGGAUCUCCUGGGCCCCCGAAGGUGGAGCUUCUGUAACAUCUUAUGAUGCUGCUGAUACUGGGACUGAAGAUCAAGUACUGCUUGAACCAGGUCAGACACACACAUUUAGCUUUGUUGCUACCUCAAAAGACCUGGAUGCUGGAAUCGCCCAGGCUACCGUAUCCUUUGCCAUUCAAGAUGGAGGCUCCUACACUGGCUGCAGUGGAGAUGAUGUUAGCUUUCAAGUCUCAAUGACAGUAGAGCCAGAACCAGAACUCAGCAAACCGGAGGGCAGCCGCUAUGCCGGCCUUGUCUUGAUGGCCAUAUCAUGCCUAAUGUCUAUCUCCUUUGGUGCUUGGGUCUACUGGAAUCGAAACGAUCGUGUUGUUCAAUCUCUCCAACCAGUCUUCUUGAUUGGUCUUUGUGUUGGGACUUUCAUCUUGUGCUUUUCCAUUCUCCCCCUUAGUAUUGUUGAUGAGCUGGAGAAGGAAUCUGCCAGGGACCAUGCCUGCCAAGCCACGCCAUGGCUGAUUGUCCUUGGCUUCAAUAUGAUCAUGUCUUCUCUCUAUGCCAAGCUUUGGAGAAUCAACAAGCUUUUCGGUGGGAAUAGCUUUGUGAGAGUGGCCAUUACAGCACGACAGGCUGUCAUUGCUACAAGUGCCCUCUUUGUGACAAACUUGAUUUUGCUUGGCAUCUGGACCAUCGUUGACCCGCUGAAAUGGGAGAUUCGCCAUGUGCCUGGGGAAGAAUGGAACCAGUAUGGAGCCUGCAGUAAUGUGGGCCCAGCUGGCCAAGGUUUGUAUGCAACAAUAUUUGUCCUGACAAUGAUCAACCUUGUCCUGGCAAGCCACCAAGCGUUCAAAGCACACAACAUCAGUGACGAGUUCAGUGAGAGCACCUCCCUGGGCUUCGCGGUCUUCACAUCUGCGCAGAUUGUGGUUGUGGGUCUCCCGAUUCUUUUCUUGAUUAGUGAAGACAAUCCAGAUGCCCAAUACCUGCUCCAGACCAUGAUGAUCUUUGCCAUCUCCACAUCUGGCUUACUACUCAUUUUUGUCCCCAUCAUCCUCCAUCAACGUGAACGCCAAAGGCAACCACGGGCAACAGGUCGAGUGCAGGUUUCUGGUAUAGCAGCGAGCACGAUGUUGAGCCUGAACAGCAACCAUGCCCGGAGCAAUAUGAGCGAAAUGAGUUGUAUGAGCAGCCAUUUGACGAGCUCAAGAGGAUUUCCUCAAGAGUGA